AUGAUUUAAUCUAGUCUUGCAAUAAUUCUUUAUCUGAAUUGUAUGAUAAGGGUUUUUGGAAUUCAAGAAACGAUAUCAACUUCAUUUACAGAAAGCACGUUUUCUGAUGCUGAUGGUUGGGUUGUAAUUGGAGCUGAGCCAUAAAUCACAUAAUGUUAAGGCAAAACAUUAUUUGGUGGUUAUAAUGCUUUUGGAUUUUAAACAAGCGUUACAAAGACUAUUGCACUUCCACCUCAUUAUUAGUUGACAAUGGUAUUGGAAUUUUGCAAUAUCGAUACCUUGGAGUUUGAAUCUUUUCAUGUAUAUUUUGAUCAGAAUCUUCAACCGGACUUAUUAUUAGUUAAAAAUCAAAAUCAUUUAAUGUGUGGGGAAGAGACAGUGGGAGACAAAUGCACUAUUUUAAAUUAUACUUAAGUUCAUUCAAGUCCUACAGUCGUAAUUGUGCUCACGACUUCUGGGGGUAAACCAGUUAGUUAGUAAUCUUGGGGAAUUAGAGAUGUCUAUAUAUAUGUUGAGAAAUGUCCAGAUGGAUGCUUACUCUGCAAAGCUACUGAUUAUUUAACUAUUUAAUGUUUAGUUUGGUCGGUAUUAUAUAGAAGUUGGACCUAACUAAAUAUAAAUUAAAUAUCAUCAGAUGGUUGGAAUGUAAAUUUGGGAAUUGCUGAGGCAACAUAAUGUGGAUCUACGGCCUUAUUUGGCGGUUAUCUGAAGACAGGAGCAGGUACAGUUAUAAGUCAGUCUUUUAUUAACAUCCCACAACAUGACAAAUUGAAGAUUUAAUUUUUGUGGAUGAAAACAGAUUUUUGGCAAUCGAAUUAGGCAUAAAUGUUAGUAGAUGAUGACUUGGUUUGGUAAAAAGCAUUUUCUAAAGGUGAUGGUUACGAUUGGUUAAUUUGUGGGAAUCAAUUUAAAACAUAGUUUUAUAGAGUUGAAUU